AUGGCACCUAUAUUUGAUGGGAAUUUACGGCACUUCAGUGAAAAACCUGGGGGUUUAAAAGUAGAUGAUUUUUAUGGAGACACAGUGGCCAACUAUUUUAUUUCCCAUGCUCAUACGGAUCACUUUGAAGGACUAAAAGAGUUUCAAGAUAUUUUGAGGGACAGGUCAAAUGACUCCGUGAUUUAUUGCACUAAAGAGACUGGAGAACUUAUAAUGAGUAGGGUAGGGUAUAAACGAGAAAUUCUCAGUAAUAAGUUCCGCUACAAGGCUGUAGGAGAGAGAUUUUCUCUGAGGCACAGAGAAAAUGGGGUAUCCGAUACAACAGUGGAGUUUGCUAGAGCAAAUCACUUACCAGGUGCUGUGAUGAUGUUAUUCAAGGACAAGCAUUACAAAGCAUUGUAUACUGGCGACUUUAGAUUCGAGAGCUACGAACGAUCUGAGGUGACGAACGAAAUGAAGAGCUUUCUUGAAAACACCACAGAUAUAGACAUUCUGUACCUGGACAUAACUUGUUUAGAUCUUCUGGGCGAGCGUAAGGGUGAUAAAAAUAAGUUUCCCUGUAAACGAAUAAUAUUGGAGGAAAUUGCAGAUAUGGUAUCGACAUUAACUGAAAAUUCGGAUUCAUCAGAACGCAGCAAUGAUGAAGACGAAUGUAAUAGCGAAGAUAGACCCGACAGUGAGGGAUUCGACAGUGAGGGGAGUGGUGUAGGGGGACCCGAUAGCUAUAAAAAUGUUCAUGUAGACUGUUCAGCUUUAGGAUGGCAGGAAGUGGCGAAACAUCUUGCUGAUCAGUUUGACAGCUCAUUAGGUAUCUGUCCUAAGGACCCUAAAAAGAAGCUACACCAGUGUAUUGUUGAACUCCUGUCCGGUGAUGUAAAGAUCGAAACACCACACAAGUCAUUCGUGCACAAUUCUAAUGGGGCUGACUGUAAAUACUGCACAGACAGGACAAUAAGAAUAAAACCUUCACUAAAGUGGCUGUUUUACGAGCUGGAGGGGUACAGCUACAAACAGUCAACCUGGAUCCGGGAGAAAGAUCCAGUAGAAGAACCAGGAUUUUUUAAUGUCUUGUACUCUCUUCAUAGUUCACACUAUGAACUACAACAGUUUAUGAAAUUGCUGAAUCUUAGCAGAAAAGCAGAAAUAUUCCCGAUAAGCCGACCUUUAGGAGAAAACAUUGAAGGGAUGAGCAAUAACGAAGUGAGAAGUAAGACGAAGGAAUUGUUUAAAAAGUGGUAAAUUACUAGCAAAAUAAUCACAAUGAUUACGGCCUGUCAUCUUAAAGAAGAAUUCCUAUGGUUUGCCGAUUUUAAGAUGAUUACGAUUUAUUUUUAAAAUUACAACUGAUGUUUUAUUUUUGUUUUGUCAAUACAUACAUAUUAUAAUAUUUAUUUUUGAUAUAAGUGGGAUAUAAAUGCGAUAUUUUCUU